GACGGCGUGAGCCGGAUUGGCCGGUUGGCUGCCUGGUGGGCUCGCGGCCUCGCACCGCCUUUGCCUGGGCCGGGGCGGUCGGUUGGCGAGGCGUGCGCGCGCGCCGCGGGACGCGAGGACUCGGUGGUCGCCCGGAGGCUAUGGCGGCGGCUGCCGGCGGCGGAGGCGGCGGCGGAGGAGGAGGAGGAGCGCCGAGCUCCGUGGCUGUUGCUGCUGCUGCCGCCGCCGCCGCCGCCUCUACGGCUGCUAAUGCGGGGGGCUGGCGGCUUCCCGGGCGGGUGCUCGAGUUCGUCUUCUCCUACCUGGAGCUGCGGGAGCUGCGGAGCUGCGCGCUGGUGUGCAAGCUGUGGUGCCGCGUCCUGCACGGCGACGAGAACAGCGAGGUGUGGCGGAGCCUGGCCGCUCGCAGCCUGGCGGAGGAGGCGCUGCGCACCGACAUCCUCUGCAACGUGCCCACCUACAAGGGCAAGGUCAGGAUGGCCCCGCGCGGGAGGGAGCGACCCUCCUUUUUUGCGCGCGCGAGGGAACCCAGGAGGAAAUAUGUAUAGUAUAUAUAACCUGGGUACCUUUUUCUGCCCCUACAUCCCUUGCACGAGAUAAGAUACUGGAGGUGCCGGGGGUCUCGUCUCCUGUGUUUUGUGAGCCGGACCUCUUUCUUCUUAAACCCAGAUGUGCGGGGAGGAGAGGAAAUUGUUCCGUGUUGUGAGAGAGAGGGAAAGAGAGGCACUAACGCACAUGCUCAAAAGCGCUGGCUGCUGAUUACUUUGUUCCAAGGCAGAACUCUGGCACCGAUUCUGGGCUGUUUCCUAGCUCCAGUAAAAUGCAACCUGCAUCUGUCGUCAUUCCCCCCCCCCCCCAAUUGCACAUGUAUAUAUGCAUGCCAGUGUUGGUGGAAACACUCAUUGAGUACAUGUUGUUUAGAUGUGGUUCCUCUUUGCAGCUGCUGCCUAUGGCCCAGAUGCUUUGCAUGGCAGGAGCUGCAGAAAGGUAUAGUGCUCAAUAAGGCACCGUCUUCGGAGCUUGAUUGAGGACCCCCCCUGGGGGGGGGGGUUGAUGCCUUCCUCCAGCAUGCCUGGAAUAGCUGGUGUUGAAAUGAUGUUUCCAAAAGACCUUGGCAGGCCUGUUUUUCUAUGUUGAGCCAGGUAGCCAAUACUAGCCCAGCUGGGCAGGUGGUGAGGACUAAGGUUGUGAAAUCACAAGGCGUUCUUACUCUGGGUGGCAUUCUUUUACAGAUGGGUUAAUUAUACAUAUAUUUGAGUUUACCAUACCUUAUUAAGAAUAGGUGUGUAGAGUUGUUGUUGUUGCUGCUGCUGCCUUGCCUAGUUUAGUAAUCUUAUCUCCAGCAUUGCUUUUUCAAAAAAUACCUUCUGUUCCAGGUACGCGCCUUUCAGCAUGCUUUCAGCACCAAUGAUUGUUCUAGGAAUGUCUACAUUAAGAAGAAUGGAUUUACUUUGCAUCGGAAUCCCAUUGCACAGAGUACAGAUGGAGCAAGGACCAAGAUUGGUUUCAGUGAAGGCCGUCAUGCUUGGGAAGUCUGGUGGGAAGGCCCUCUUGGCACAGUGGCAGUAAUUGGGAUUGCUACAAAACGAGCUCCCAUGCAGUGUCAGGGCUAUGUGGCACUCCUGGGCAGUGAUGACCAGAGCUGGGGCUGGAAUUUGGUGGACAAUAACUUGUUACAUAAUGGAGAGGUCAAUGGCAGCUUCCCCCAGUGCAACAAUGCCCCCAAAUAUCAAGUGAGUGAAACCUGGAAUGUAUAUAAGACUGUUGGAUCUGUGAAGAGCUAUGCCAGGGCGGUCCAACCGCUUAGACCAAGUGCGCCUCAAGAGCACUUUGACACAGAACCCGUGGCCCACACACUGAAUUAAAUUUCCAUAUUGUAAAUUAAAGAGUACACAAUAUAGUUAAUAUAUUUAAUGUAAGCAAUUAAUAUAUUUAAUUGAAUAUAUAUAAUUAAAUACACAAUAGAUAGAUUGAGUCCCUGUCAGGAUAAAAAGGUAGGAUAUAAGUCAAAAUAAAAUAAUUUUAGAAGACUUCUAGUCAAAAUGAUUUGAGCCUCUUGUGAAGCCAUUAAAUAAAUGCAGCCCAUGGAAAAGAAGACAGCAUAAGGUGGGGUGGUAGGGCAGGCAACAGCUGCCUCAUCCUCCUCACCUGCCAGCCAGUCACCACAGCCACCACCAUCUAUCCUGCUUCCCCACCCCACCCCCCGCACAGCCUCUUCAGGCCGGUUGUUGACUGAGGGGGGAAGGAUCUGUAGAGUUGGGAGGGGACCCCCAAGGGUAAUGUAGCCAGACCCCUUUCAGUCCCUGGCAGGCAGUCAUCCUCUCCCCAUCUGUCAAACAGGGCAGCAGCAAAGCUUCCAUGGCAAGGGGCAGCCCACCAGUCUCACAGAGUCCUGGGCAGAGAGGCCCCACCACAUCCCUCCUGCUGGCUGGCCGCGCACCAUGCCUCUGCUGAGCCUGGGCUGUGUGGUGGCCUCCCUCCAGCCUGGCGGCUCUGCUCUGUCUCUCUCUACCAUCACUAUCAUUGUUCCUUCAAAGAGGCGCCAGCAGCAAGCCACACCUCCCUCUCCAUGUUGCCAUGCUGGUCCACCAAUCAAAAGGUGCAACCUCAAACAUCUGGAAAUUUGGCACCCAGCUCCCUUUCUCCUUAUUGGUGGGUUUUCAAGCAUCCCUCCACACCACAUAUACUCUCAUGUGCUCAUUUGCUGUUGAGGGGAGAAGCAACCAACCAGCUCUUGCUCUUCAGGACAAGAAAGGCAGAAGAGUCGCUAAAGAGUAGUAACAGGUCUAAGGGCAAGGGCCACCAAAAAAGGUCUCAAGGGCCACCAAAAAAGGUCUCAUGGGUCACAUGUUGGACCACCCUGAGCUAUACAUUCCAGAAUUUUGUAUAGUAAACUCUGACACAUUCUGUUUUAGGCACACUUCUAUUUACAUUUUCUUGGAAAUAUGUCCCAAUCUGUUCAGUGGGGCUUACUCCCUGGUAAGGCUUCCUCCCUAACCUCCCUAGCUUGGGAAUUAGCCAAGUUGAAUUCAGCAAGGCAUGCAUCAAAUUGAAGAAUAUCUGUUUAACCAGUGUAGUUGUUCAAAGCCCCAUGACUGAAUCUUAACUUUACCAUUUAUCAGCAGAAAAUGUCUUCAAAGGGCUUUUUUGUAUGUUAAUUGUUUUAAAUAAUCCCCUCCCCAAGUUAUUUUGUCUCAGCAUCUGUUUACCUUCACUUUGUCUUGUCUUUUUCAUUAUCUCUUUUCUUCAAUCAGUCUUAUUUUUGUUUACAGAUAGGUGAGAGAAUUCGUGUCAUCCUGGACAUGGAAGACAAGACUUUGGCUUUUGAGCGAGGCUAUGAGUUUCUAGGGGUUGCAUUCCGAGGACUGCCAAAGACAUGUCUGUAUCCAGCAGUGUCUGCUGUCUAUGGAAACACUGAAGUGACGUUAGUUUAUCUGGGAAAACCUUUAGAUGGAUGACAUUUUGUUUUUAACUGGGACGUGAACAUCAAGUUGACAAUAUGGAGAAACUUGCAUGUGGGUUAAUAGGGAAGCAUGAGUGAAGUGUGUGGAUGCGUAUCCAAGAAAGAUCAAGGAAAACCAAAAUUUGCGAUCCAAAAGGCCAGCUGUACGGAAGAGAGUUUUACCUUUCCUUUUUCUGCCGGACCAGAAAAAUUCUCAGGGGGUUGCAGUUGGUUGAAUGGGCAGCUAACCACAUGCAUGUUGCAUAAGAUUUCACCGCAAAGGUGGCAGAAUGGAAUCCUGUACAUACUUAAGGGACUCCUGUAUAGAAGUGGUUGAGGAAAGCUGACUGAGACCUGUAAGCAGUGUGUUCUGUGAAAAGGACUUCAUUUUUAAAAUUAUUUGUUUCCUUCCUGCCUUUGAUCCAGUGUGUUUUACCAAAGGUAACUGAAAUCGGUUGGAUUUUAUUUAAUGUAUUUUUAGUGUAAUGAGGAGUACAAUGUAUUGCACUUCUCCAGAGCAAAACAUUGUGCAGUUAUGUUAAAGUGUGUUUUAAAGACAGUUUGUACAGAACACUUUAAAAACCAGAACAAAACAAAGGGUUGCUGUUGCUUUCCCUGGGAUGUAAUUUUGUUAAUUGGAACCCCCCCCACUACAUAUCAGGUGUUGGUGUCUGUCCAGUUGAACAGCAUACAUACAAGUGCACUUCUUUUGUUUUGUUGUACAACAUCUCAUGUGACAAAAGAAACUAUGAAUGUUUAUUGUAAAAUGCUUUAGAUUUGAUAGCUGAAAAUUCUGUGCAGGUGGAAGGAUAAAGUCAGUUUCUAAUGUGAGUGUUUUUGUUUUACUUAAAAUGUGAGUAUGUGUUGCAAAUGACCAUAUGUCUUUCAAUCCACCUUCUAAAGUAUGACUUAAAAUUAAUCUUGCAAACUAUGAGCCGCCCACCAAAUACUGCUGCUCUUUAUCCAUUUUAAUCAGAAUUGUAUUGUGGUUGUGGGGUGGCCAUGCUUGGUGGGUUGUUCCCAUUAUGGUCUGCAGUACCCCAACCCUUCAUUUUGGUCUAUUGCCAAAUGUAUUGCAUAUUUAACUAAAUAUUUUGAAAAAAUAGGUUUCCAAAGUACUACCUAAAUACAUGCUACUGUAUGUUAAAAUUGCAUAGAAAAAUAUUUUAACAUAUUUCAAUCUUUAGCAUAAAUAAAUUGAACUUCAAACAGGAAUCAAAUUUCUGCCACAAUUAUGGAAUCUUUCCUUUGUUUAUAUUAAUUGCUGAGAAACAUUUUACAAAGCUAAUUUGUUGUGCAUAAAGAAAGCACCUUCAGAUGAUGGAGAAACUGCAUUUCCGCAUUCUUUGGCAUCCAUAUCCUGCACAGCUUGUAUGUCUUAAUCGUCUAAGUCCACAGGCUGGUUCUUGGUACUAAAAUGCUAUUUUGUUCUGCCUUAGACAUCUAUUUAUUUGGUGUAGAGUGGGAAAACACUUUCAGUGCAGUCCUGGGCAUUUUUUCUUCUUCUCAGAAGCAAACCCCACAAAGUUCAGUGGGAUGUACUCCUAGGUAAGUAUGUGUAGGAUUGUGGCCUUUGGGAGGAAAUGAGGUAUUGUUUACAUUCUUUACAUCAUAAUCAGAAUUAUGCUGUCUCACAGACAUAUAGUUCCUUAGAUGUGCAAAAGAGAACAAUUCCCUUAGGCAUUCUUAUUUUUGUUAAAGCCAGGGAAAGCUGCUAAACACUACGUUUUUAUUUUUUUUAAUAGGCUGAAGAGUACAUUCUUGCUGCAUGCAAGGUUUAAAGUGGCAAUCCAGUAUCUUUGGUAGUGCCAUCGGUCUUCAAUACUUAAAAAUUGGUCAUGCUAUGACUUUCCCAGCAACCUAGCCUUCUUGCUGUAGGCUUAGCCAUCAUGUUACCUGUCCUACCAUCUUGACAUACUAAUGCAUCUUGUUUUACUAUUGUUUCCAAACCCCUCUUGUAGAAGUUGCAGAAGGAAGUUAUAGUUGAUUAUUGGUUUGGGACUGCUAGUAUUCUUUGGUUGGUGGCACAGGACUGUUGUGAUUAGCAUCACACUAGGCAGAAAGAGGCUCUUUUAUGAGGCUGAAAGUGUGAGGGAUAAAAUGUGGAUUCAAAAAAGAGGGCAGUGACUGUACUGGAGGAGUCUAUGUUGCAUGUUCUCAGCUGUUCAGGCUUUCCUAGAUCUUCGCUUCACUUUCCUUCCAUGUUCAGAUUCCGCAGAACUGCAUUUGAGGUCUGCAUGUGUGAAUAAAUGUUUUUAAAAUAUUUGUUCUAUGUGUAGUAUGCCACUUAACAAGUUCAUUCCUGGUCUCUUUCUAAAAUUAAGCAAGUGAAUCAUUUCAACACUGGUACUAUGAAGAAAUGAAUGAUUUUGGAAAGAUGUAUCACUUCCAGAAAACGUUGACUGUAUACUAUGCUAUAAAAUAUAUCACUACAAGAUUCUAUGGCAUGAGCUAAACUAAAAGGAAAGAAGCUUUUGUUAGAGUAAUAUAGUCUCCCUGUGCAGUCUUGGAUGGAUUACCCUCUGCACUUAUUUAUGGACUUUUGAGUAGAGAGAGCUGGUCCUAAGAACUGUGUCAGGGAAAUUUUUGCUAGGUUUUACUUCCAUUUAUACAGGAUGUCUUGCUCGCUUUACCCUUACAUGUGGCAUAGCAUUCUGCUUGUGCCAAGUGGUCAAAAAUUCCUUGGGGCACAGGGGACAAAUAUGUAUAUAAACCUCUUAUAACUUAUUACCUGAAGACCAAUUCCAAGCUGUACAAACAACUGAAAUAAAUUGUUAAAACAUAAA